AUGGACCCGGAUCAGGUGAAAGAGUAUUUCCAGAAGGUGGACGCCAAUGGCAGCGGCUCUCUGGACAGGGCAGAGUUUGCGACCUUCAUCAAGAAGUUCAGCCCCGACUCUGGCCUGGCAAGGACGGAGAUCAACGAGUUGUUCUCGGUCAUCGACGUAGACCAUUCUGGGGAGAUCGAAGCUCCAGAAUUCCUGGCUUGGGUGUACCCGCGCGAGGAUGCCCCGCUGGCUCGCACCGCCUCCAAGCAGCACCUGUCCGCGAGCACCGCGUGUCCAGGCAGGGCUGGGCAGGGGCGGAUGCAGCGCGAAAGGUCCUUGCCAGCCCUCCACGGCGCCGUCGGCGGCGGCAGCUGUUCCUCCAGCCUGCCCGAGGGCACCGCCCCGCGCCUGGCUGGCCCGCAGCCAGUGGCGCUGGAGUUCACAAUCGGAGCGGACUUCAGGCCCAUCGCGGCGGAGCUGAAGAGGGCUCUCAAGGACGCCUUCGGCAACGCCGUGCGGGUGUGGAUCAUCGAGGAGCCAGCGGAGAUGGGCUGCAGGAGGCUAGUCGUGCAGGUCGGCCGCGGCGUUGUGCUGUGGGACCGGUCCUCGAUGGUGAUGCACAGGGACGACCCUUUCGCGUCGCUCGAGAGCUCCAGGGACUUCCUGGCGGAGAAGAUGCAGUCCCACCUGCCCACGCUGCUGCGCGCCAUGCAGCUGUCGCGCAGGAGAGAUCCCUAG